AUGGUAAGUUUUGAUAUAGAUAAUUUGUACACGAAUAUACCGGUACAAGAAGCAAUUGAAGUAACUCUUAAUAUGCUAUAUAAUAAAAAAGACACAUCACUUCAAAUUCCAUUUAAAAGAUCAGAAUUUAAAAAACUUUUAGAAAUGGCUGUACACAAAGUACCCUUUCGUUUUCUAAAUACCACAUCCAUCCAAGAAGAUGGGGUAGCAAUGGGUUCCCCACUAGCCCCCAUCCUAGCUGAUAUAUUUCUCUCAAAACUAGAAUUAAAAAUAAAUAAAUUUCCAACUAAUAAACCUCUUAUUUGGAAACGUUACGUGGAUGACGUUUUCUGCAUAUUUACUAAUUCCCAAAAUAUUCCAGAUUUUCUUAAACGUAUAAAUAAAUGGCAUCCAAAUAUACAUUUCACAGAAGAACCCGAACAAAAUAAUCAAAUACCGUUUCUUGAUGUCCUUAUCAUUCGUGAUAACACAACCAAUACCUAUACAACAACACUAUACCCGGAUGAUGCUUUGACUUAUAAUUAUCAAUUACAACAACAACGUUUAAGAGUAAAAGGAAGAAUGAGUCAAAUUCAUCCUCGUCAAUGUGAACAAGUGCGAACAGUAUUACAAAUCUGCAAAGAUCAACAAAUAUCUUCAAUUGUUUCAUCAGUUGAACAACAAACAUUAGAAUAA